UCAAAGGUUACUGUUUAUGUAGAUUAAAAUAAAAUAACACAACGAGAGUAAUAUUAAUUCAAAUGUAUCAAUAUUUUUCGUAUAAGUACUACAAUAGCAGUGCUAUAAUGAAAUUUUGUAUUAUUUCAAUCCUAUUAUGUGUUGCUCUCUCAAAUGCUGAAUAUGCAUUAGAGAAGAGAAGUGCUCAUUACAGACUUAUAAGAGAUAUAUCUAGUUCAAACCGAAAUCGAUUUCUUGUAAAUUCCCGCUCGGAUAUAAUAGAAAAUUGCAAGCGAAAUGGAAUAACAGCAGAAGCCAGAACUAAACUUGAGGAAGCGUUUGAUGAGGUCGAAUCGUGUGCAGGUAAAAAAAAUAUAUAUGCUGUACCAGAAGCUGAAUUUACACAAAACAUUAAUGACUGCAGCAAAGAAGUGGUUAGACUUAGUAAAGCCUGCUUAAAGGAGAGCCAGAGCUAUUUUCCAGAUUUGCUUAUAUCAAUGAGAAAUUCAGUGACACAUUUUUUGUAUGCCAACAAAGAUGUUUUAAGAUCUGACGAGGUACAACAAUGUUACAAAAAAGUGGAGUCAAGUAGAGCUGUUAGUAAAUAUAGGCAAUGUGUUGAAGCAGCUGCAGUAGGUGUAGACAAAGUCGAGCUGCCUCAUAGUAAAGCUGAAGCAUGUCGGGUUCUCGUCGGGGUUUCUAAAUGUUUUCCAAAGCUGUUUACUGACCAAUGUGACGCGUCUGCCAACUUAGAUAAAUUCUUGAAAAUUUACGAUGAAUCAAUUUCUGGUCCAUGCGCGGCUUAAAAUCUAAAUUGUUUAUUAUUAUACUAACUAAAUAAAGGAAUUACUGAGUA